AGUCCCAUCGCAUUUCGUGUGAGCAUCGAGCGAGGCUAGAGCGUCUUCAAGAACCAGAGUCUUCCAUUCCUCCAAAUCCACCAUGUCGAACUACAAACUGACUUACUUCAACCUUGCCGGACUUGGAGAGCCGAUCAGGUUCCUACUGAGCUACGGUGGCGCGAAAUUCGAGGACAAACGCAUCACCCACGAUAUUUGGCCGCAAUUCAAAUCCCAGACUCCUCUGGAACAGCUCCCGAUUCUCGAAGUCGAUGGAAAGACGCUCUACCAGUCGAACCCGAUCGCUCGAUUCCUUGCCAAGAAGUUCAACCUCUUCGGCAGCUCCGACUUCGAGGCCUUCGAGGUUGACGCCACCUUGGAAACCAUCAGCGACCUGAGACAGGUGCUCGCAAAAUGGGGAUUCACCGCUGAUGCAGCGCAGAAGUCCGCCGCUGAGGCUGAAACUUUCCAGAAGGUUGCCUUCUACUUGGGCAAGUUCGAGACCACCGUUAAGAAGAACGGAGGAUACUUUGUUGGUGGCAAGUUGUCGGCCGCUGAUAUUGUCUUCGCUGGAUUCAGCCCCUUCUUCUCGUACUUGGCAGGCAAAGACAUUCUCGUGGGUUACCCCAGCCUGAAGAGUCUCGUUGACAAAGUUGUUUCUCAGCCCAGUAUCAAAGCCUACAUUGCCAAGCGUCCCAAGACGGACUUCUAAGGACGAUGUCAAGCGAUGUGCGAUCAAAGACGAAUGACGGAGUGAGCGAAAGA